UCAAGUGUCAAAAAGCUAUAGCCGAUCAAAUUUGGCUGGCACUCAAUUUGUGGGUAUUUUAAAAUUUUCAUGUUAAAAUUUUUGUUUUUAAGUUCGAUAAAAUAUUUAUAAAAAAAGAUCCUUUAAGCUUUCUUUUUUGCGGUUUUCUGGGUUGCCCUUAACACGGCUUUCCCCGUUACUUUUUUUAAUUUUUAAUUCUUUUUAUAUUUUUUUUUACAGACACUAACUUGUAUAAAAUGUGUAAAGUACAUCAGAUAACGGUUGAUCAAUUUUGUGAUGUGAUGCAUUGGCUGAAAAAUUAAAAUAAGCUGUUAAAGAUCAAAAAUGUGAUGGAAACACAAGGUUUGGUAUGAUUUUUUGUUUAAAUAUUUGUUAUAAGAGAACACGCCCAAAACGGAGCGCGGCCAUAACUAAGCAAAGCCAUAACUUAAGGAUGUCCCAAUUAAUAGUAUUAAACGAUUCCUCACAUCGAGCUAGGGAGUUUGAAUUAAGGACCAAACAUUUUCCAGCAUGUUAUAACUGUGCCGUCAUGGCCGCGCUCCGAUUUGGGCUGUACCCAUAAGGGGUAGGAAGAUAUAGGAGUGAUAAUGUCUGGCUUCAUAAGGACACAUUUUAGUGACCCUGGUUAUUAUUUUCAUUUCUGAGUAGAGUUGUAGGUUCUUUGAUCGCGUAUCUGAAUCCAAGCCGACCAUGAUUGUCUGGAUAACCGAACCAAAGAUUCCGAGCCGGCCCCUACUAUUUGUGUGAUUAAAGUCUUUCUAGUUUUCUGUUUUUUUCCUUUCUAGUUUUCUGUUUCAAUGACCCUGGUUGUUUUUAAAAUUUGUGAGUAGAGUUGUCGGUUUUUGGAUUGGAUAUCCGGCCCUGAGUCGAACAUAAAUUUUUGGAUAUCUGAACCGAAGUUGUUCAUCGGUUCUGAGCCAACAACCCUACUAUUUGUGAGAUCAAAGUCCUCCUAUCCUUUCUAAUUUUCUUCUUCAAUUUAUCAAAAACUAUAAUAUUUUUACGUUAUAUUUUGGUCUUUUCCAUCUUUUGGAAUCCAUGGAAUUUAUCUCAUAAUAUCCAUUUCCUUUCCUUUUGAUAGUUUGAUUCAUUUUUUUUCCCGAGUUAUUUUUUGUCUAUUUUCUAAUCAUUCCAACAUUCCUUUACACUUUUUUUUCUUCCAAAAAUAUUUACCUAUAUACUUUCUUCCCCCAAAUUUUUUCUGUUUUGUUCGCACUUUAGCAAAAAUUUUUUUGUUGUUUUUAGCACCACAUCUCUUUCUUUUUUUGUCGCCUCUUCCACAUCUAUUUUUAUCCCGCGUCAGAAAAAACCGUCAGCUGUCAG